AUGGCAGAGAAAGACAACGUGCAAGACAGCCAUGCGGGUUUUCCUAAGACGCUUGCAAAUUACAUCAAGCACCGAUUCACGCUUUGUACGAGCGUCGCGUGUUACGCGGAACCAGUCAUGAGUGCCAAGUCACACUUGGAUAAGACGGGUGCGUCGAGUCGAGAGUCCUUAGAUGGGGAUGAUCAAGGUGGCUGGUCAAAGAGUCGUAGUCCGUCUCUGGCAAUUCAGCUUCCUUUCGGCGGUGCGACCGGCAACAACCAAGAAGAUGUUUCAACAUUGGCCGAGCGUGGUCAUGUGCAGUCACAGUUAAUCAUGAAUCGACGGAUGGAACGGAAAGAAGAAAAGACCGAGCAACAACCACAUCUCGAUGGAGUCACGAGUCAUUGA